UUGUUUAUGUUUUUCGAUGUUUUUGUUUUUGUUUUGUUUCACAUUUCGGACAAAUAAUACUAAAAUUUCUAUUUGUGAAUUUCAUGAACAAAACAUACUUACUUUACCUACCUAUCAUAUAUUAAAUAUGGAAGAUGAAAUAAAAAUUGAAUAUGAAGAAUCGACAGAAAUUGAUCCUCUUUCUGGGGAAACACCAUCAUCAGAAACUGGUGUUAAUAUGCCUCGUGAUGCACCUUCUCCAAUAUCAAGGGUGGAAGCAGACAUUCUUAAUAGUCCAGCACCGAAAAUCAUACCACAUUUAGAGAUAAAUGAAGCUGCCGAUGUAAAGACCUUAGAAAGCAAAGUCCUAGUUGAAGAAAAUAAAGAAGAGGAAACACCUGCAGAAAAUAAAGGGAGCGCACUCAAUUCUGCAUUGGAUAGUAAUCAAGAAGAUUCAGUCACCUGGUACAGAGCGAUCGAUAGUUCUGGAAAAUUAAUCUGCAAUUUUUGCGAUCGGACAUACACAGUAUUGACAAGCUUACGAUACCACGUGAACAUGAAGCAUCCGGCUGAAGUUGUCUCUUUGAAGAAUAACAUACUAAAAAAACGCAGAAGCAGCCAACCUUUAUGCCAUCUUUGUAGAAAAAGGUUUAGUUGUUUAACAAAGUUAAAGAAUCACAUACAGGAACAUAAAAUAGAAAAUGUUGCCAAUUCCUGCCCUCACUGCAAUGCCGCCUUUAGCGAAACUCAAGAAAUGAUAUACCAUUUGAAAACAAACCAUAAUGUAUUGCAAAAUAAAUUACACAUAUGUAACACUUGCGGAUAUAGAACGCACAAAAUGUCGCAUUUGAAGCAGCAUAUUUAUACACAUUCAACGGAAAAACGUAAUAAAUGUGAGUACUGCGAUUAUGCGACAAACCACAAAUCUAAUUUAAGAAAUCAUGAACGAAUACAUACGAGCAAUAAGUCGUUCACUUGUAAUUUUGAUGGCUGUAAGAGCAGUUUUACAGAUAUGACUGGUUUAAAUUAUCAUAUUCAGAAACAUUAUCCAGAUAAAAAUAUGCUUUAUUGUGACCAAUGUAGUUAUAAAACUGUGUACAAACAGUCAUUGAAAGUUCAUGUUGAAAGUCAUCUGCGGAGAUGA